AAAAUAAAACAGCCAAUAGUAUCAGUCCUUGGAAUCACCGUAUCUGCUUGUCUUCGUUUCCCUUUUGUACCAGAGAUGACCAACAGUGUCCCAUCUUUCCGUCUUGUGGCUUGUUUAUUGAACAUUUCCGAAGCACGAAACAAGGGCAUAGUGGAAUCUGUGGCUAAUGCAGCAAUCAAUUUCCCUUCCAAGUCGAAAAGCCUCAAAUGCUCGUCAACAGUUUUGAACAUUUUCUCAGACUAUGACUACAACAGAUCUGUGAUCACUAUAGCAGCACCAGUGGAAAACAUAGAGGAAAGUGUCUUCCGAGCCUGUCAAGUUGCUUACAGAGAAAUAGACUUGGGAAAGCAUACUGGUGGGCAUCCCAGGCUGGGAUCUGUGGAUCUCAUCCCUAUCCAUACCAUAACCACCAGUGUGUCUCUUGCAGAUUGUGGGAACAUAGCCUUAAACCUUGGAAGACGCCUUGUUAGCAACAUUAAAGGCACCUCUGUGUUCUUGUUUGGUCACGCUGAUCAGCCUUUAGUAAGGGGACUGGUUGAGCGACGCAAAGCAGUCAACUGGUACUAUGGUCAACAUGGUAUGGAUUUCAGUAGGGUAGGGUGGGAUCUUGGGACCCCUCCCUCCCAGAGGUAUGGUUGUACAGGGGUUGGUGCUAUUCCAUACGUAACUAAUUGCAAUGUCACUAUAGACAGUCAAGAUCUGGGGCUUGGAAGGGAAAUUGCCAGUGCGAUUCGUGCAUCAUCUCCUGGUGGUCUAGCUGGGGUGCAGUCAAUGGCGUUCAAGCAUGAGGGAAGAGUUGAAAUUGCUUGUAAUGUUGAAGCUUCAAAGGAACUUUCUAGUGAGGGACAUUUUCGGUACACAAGUCCAGAAGUCAUAGAAACUAGAGUGGGAGAAUUGGUAGCAAAGGAAGGUGUCAAACUUUAUGGAACUAAGCUGGUGGGAUUUACACCAGAUGAAGCGUACAGAAGAGCUGUUAAAGCUCUGUGUGAGGGAAAUGCCUCUGCUUGGAAACAUUCUACUGAAUAUAGAAUGUAAUGCUGGGUUUUGGUUUGGGCGAAGCGGUUAUUUUGAUGAUGGUGAUGAAGACAACAACUAUGAAAAUGGCAGCGCUGAUGAUGAUGGUGAAAUUGAUGAAGAUAGAAAAUGCAUGGCAGUGAUGACUGAUAUUGCUUGACAAUUUAUGACGGAGAAAGUGUUAAUUACAUGAUGACACAAUGAAUCAUCCUUUGGUCACCAAGGAACAAGAAGUUUGCUUAAUUUUCUAAAAUCAAGUUUCCAGCCACUGUAAAAUAUUGAUACUCAGAAAGCUUGAUAACCAGUGUCAUGCAAAUAGAGGGCCUAUUGACUCAAAAAUAGCUACUGGUACAUUAAAAUUUAUUGAUAAAGAAAUUUUUUAUCAAGAAUAUAAAGAAAUAAAAUUUUUUUCAGCU